ACUGAAAAUUGCAUACUCUUCUGUGAAUGUGAAACCUUUCAGAAAGGAAAUACAGUGAGAGAGUAGAUAAGAUAAGAGUUAGUGCCAUUAGUAGCAGUUACAAUGGCUGUAUACAAUUACUGUAUAAUCCAUUUUCUUGUUUUGGGUUUCAUAAUAUCAUCAUCGUCACCAUCGCUAGUUUUAGCAAGCAGAGAUGUAAAGAAUAAUGCAAAGAAUUCAGAAGAGCAAGCAAGAGAAUCUGAUAGAGUCACAAGUUUGCCAGGACAACCUCCUGUAAGUUUCCAACAUUAUGCAGGAUAUGUCAAGAUUCGUGAAAAAGAUGAGAAAGCAUUGUUUUAUUGGUUUUUUGAAGCCCAGGAAAAUCCUUCUACUAAACCUUUGGUUCUAUGGCUUAAUGGAGGACCUGGUUGUUCAUCCAUAGCUUAUGGUGCUGCACAGGAAUUGGGUCCAUUUCUCCUGAGAGACAAGGACUCUAAAAUCACUCUCAACAAAUUCUCUUGGAAUAAGGCUGCAAAUAUAUUGUUCUUGGAAGCCCCGGUGGGAGUUGGAUUUUCAUACACAAACAAAUCAUCGGACUUGAAGGAACUUGGUGAUCGAGUUACUGCCGAUGAUUCUCAUGCUUUCUUACUCCAAUGGUUUAAAAGGUUUCCCAGUUUUAAGUCCCACGAUUUCUACAUUACUGGAGAAAGUUAUGCAGGGCAUUACGUUCCUCAGCUAUCUGAACUCAUUUUUGAAAGAAAUAAAGUAGCCAGCAAAGAGACCUACAUUAACUUCAAAGGUUUCAUGAUCGGGAACGCUGUUAUUAACGACGCGACUGAUGAACUUGGGUUCAUAGAAUAUGCUUGGAGUCAUGCGAUUAUAUCAGAUGAAGUAUAUCACAGUAUAGUUAAAGAAUGUGAUUUCAAAAAUGGAAACCAAUCUACCCUAUGUUCUGCAGCAGUCGCGAGUUUCUACCAAGGCUAUUCGGAUAUUGAUAUCUAUAGCAUUUAUACUCCCAAGUGUAUCAGAGACGACAACGACGAGAAACAAAAACGCACUCAUAAAUUACUAACGGCUUUCACCCAACACGACCUCUGGCCCAAAUUACCAGCAGGAGGAGGGUAUGAUCCAUGUACAGAUGAUUAUGUUGAAAACUAUUUCAAUAGGAAGGAUGUUCAGAGGGCUCUACAUGCUAAUCUCACCAACUUGCCCUAUCCUUACACUCCUUGCAGCGGUGUAAUAAGGAAAUGGAAUGAUUCACCAGACACUGUUCUUCCCAUCAUUCAGAAGCUCUUGAACGCUGGUUUACGCAUUUGGAUUUACAGCGGGGAUACGGAUGGAAGAGUACCGAUAACGUCGACAAGGUAUAGUGUGAAUGAGAUGAAACUGAGGGUGAAGGAAAAAUGGAGAGCAUGGUUUCACAGAAGACAAGUAGCAGGAUGGGUGACAAGUUAUGAAGGUGGGCUCACAUUAGCAACAGUGAGAGGUGCUGGUCAUCAGGUUCCGGUAUUCGCGCCUGAUCAGUCACUUUCUCUCUUCUCUCAUUUCCUCUCUGGCAAAAACUUGCCUCCAUCUCGCUUCUAGACAAAGAGAGAGAGAGAUACUGCAAGGUGCCUUAUGAAUUUAUAUGUACUCUCUCAUUAUUAAAUGAAUAAUUUCAGUAAUCAACCAACGAUUAUGCAUGAAUGAGAUCAAUUGUGUUGGACUUCUUCGUUACAAAAAAAAAAAAAGGACAGUCUUGUCAUUUGUUUCU